AAAAGGCGACAAGUUUCACAUGCGUGUCCAAGCCCUGGUUGCCCAAAGACUUAUAGCAAAAGCUCCCAUUUGAAGGCCCAUUUGCGUACUCACACAGGAGAGAAACCAUACCAGUGCACAUGGAAUGGAUGCGGUUGGAAGUUCGCCAGAUCAGAUGAACUUACCCGGCAUUAUCGCAAACACACAGGCGACAAACCAUUCCAGUGUUUACAUUGCAAUCGUGCCUUCUCUAGAAGCGAUCAUUUAUCUCUCCACGUUAAAAGACAU